ACAUUUUACACAUAUAUACUUAACUGGCAACCAAGAAGUGCUACUUUAAUACAGGCCUACCGUAUGAAUAGAAUGACAGACACAUUUUAUGGAUAUUUACUGUUACAAUCUAAUUUUGUCUCCUAUAGGAUCAAUGCUUCACACGGGACAUCUCAACUGAAACACCUGUGCACGUGACUGUGGCGCCCUCUAGUGGUCGGCACAAAGGAAGGAGGUACAGCAAGCAGCCGGUAGGUGAGGUCACCACCGUGUUCGGCACAGGACUACAGACAGGCAGCUGUUUACCAUCCAUCCUGGAACAAUCGACUUUAUUCAGACUUGUGAAGCCAUGACCGGGCCAGUCGUGCCAUUGGCAUCCUGUUAACUCUGCUGAAAAUGCCCUAUGCGUGUUGCUAUGUGCUAGAAGAUGGCGGAGUCAGAUGGUGGGGAAUUUGCUCCAAAAGAUACGCAGAACAGUAUGGCAAACAAGAAUAGCACCCUUCGCUGUACUUUCUCAGCCCCGAGCCACAGUUCCACCCUCCUUCAGGGCUUGUCUGUGUUACGGGCUCAGGGCCAGCUACUUGACGUCGUGCUGGCCAUCAACGAGGAGCGCUUCCAGGUCCAUAAAGCAGUGCUGGCCGCCUGUAGUGAUUACUUCAGAGCUAUGUUCACGGGAGGCAUGAGGGAGUCGAACCAAGAUACCAUUGAGCUGAAGGGUUUGUCUGCCCGUGGGCUGAAACACAUCAUCGACUUUGCCUACAGUGCAGAAGUCACUUUAGACUUGGACUGCAUUCAGGAUGUCCUCGGAGCUGCUGUCUUCCUCCAAAUGGUUCCUGUCGUGGAGCUCUGCGAGGAGUUCCUCAAGUCAGCGAUGAGCGUUGAGACCUGCCUGCACAUCGGCCAGAUGGCCACCACGUUCAGCUUGUCCUCCUUGAAGGAGUCGGUGGAUGCCUUCACCUUUUGCCACUUCCUCCAGAUUGCAGAGGAGGAUGAUUUCCUGCACAUUCCCAUGGAGCGCCUCACCUUCUUCCUUCAAAGCAACAAACUGAAGAACUGCAGUGAGAUCGACCUCUUCCACGCCGCCAUCAGGUGGCUCCAGUACGACGAGUCUCGCCGGGCUCAAGCCAGCAGCGUCCUCUGCCACGUGCGGUUCCCCCUCAUGCGCUCUUCAGAGUUGGUGGACAGCAUUCAGAGAGUGGACAUCAUGGUGGAGGAUGUUCAGUGUCGCCAGUAUCUCCUCGAGGCCUUCAAUUACCAGAUCCUUCCCUUCCGACAGCAUGAAAUGCAGUCCUCACGGACACUCAUUCGCUCUGACGUCAUGUCACUCAUCACCUUUGGUGGGACGCCCUACACCGACAACGAUCGCACAGUCACCACAAAGGUGUACUAUCUUCCAGAUGUCGCAUCCCGUCAGUUCAAAGAGCUUACGGAGAUGGAGACGGGGUGCAGCCAUGCUUGUGUUGCCGUACUAGACAACUUUGUCUACGUCGUCGGCGGACAGCACUUACAGUAUCGUAGUGGCGAGGGGGCGGUGGACAGCUGUUUCCGCUACGAUCCACAUCUGAACCAAUGGCUGCGCAUUCCACUCAUGCAGGAGGCUCGUAUCCAGUUUCAGCUAAAUGUGCUGAAUGGACUGCUGUACGCCACUGGAGGGCGCAAUCGAUCUGGCAGCCUGUCAUCUGUAGAGUGUUACUGCCCAAAGAAGAAUGAGUGGUCAUAUGUGGAACCAUUAAAACGCCGGAUUUGGGGUCAUGCGGGGACUUCCUGUCAAGAGAAGCUGUAUAUCUCAGGAGGAUACGGCGUCUCAUUGGAUGACAAGAAAACUCUUCACUGCUACGAUCCGGCGACAGACCAAUGGGACUUCAGAGCUCCCAUGAAUGAACCCAGAGUGCUGCACACCAUGAUCAGCACCAGGGAUCGGGUAUACGCCCUGGGCGGCCGCAUGGACCAUGUUGACCGUUGUUUUGAUGUGCUAGCAGUCGAGUAUUACAUCCCAGAGAACGACCAGUGGACCACAGCCAGUCCUAUGAGGGCCGGCCAGUCUGAAGCGGGCUGCUGCCUUCUAGACGGGAAGAUUUACAUCGUCGGAGGUUACAACUGGCACCUGAACAAUGUCACAAGUAUCGUUCAGGUGUACAACACAGAGACAGAUGAGUGGGAGAGGGAUUUGCAUUUUCCAGAAUCCUUUGCUGGGAUUGCUUGCACACCAAUUAUACUUCCACAAAAUAUCACACAGCGCUAAGCAGAAGACCUACGACUGUGAAGAUUUAUUCCAUGUGCUCUUUCUGCCGACUGUUGAGUCAACACAAGGUGUGAUCGUUUUGUGUGCGUGAGUGUGUGUGCGUGUUUAUAUGUUCAUAUGAAGAAAUUGACCUAAAAAGCCACAGUACUGUUAUUUGGGUAUUACUCUGUAGCUUCAGAGGGUUCGUUCAUAUUUAUUCCACAUGAAGGGUCUUUAUUUUGAGUUAUUCUGAAUUUAUGAACUAAAGUUAUAAAUUACACUUGUAGUUGUCUGAGAUGUGUUUAAUACAUAAACUGAAAAGGAUUUUUUUUUCAAACAUUUGUACCAUUUGGAAAAUAGAAGAGCGGAUACUUUAACGAAGCGUAAACGGUAAUAGUAGCACUAACUACCCCAAGUUUUAUUGAUCAAGGGCUUCAGUUACACACAGCACAAAUGUCUCUAGACAUAAUUAUCAUUUAGAGUAUGCUACAAUUUUUCCAGUGACAACAUUUAAACUCAACCUUUAUAAUGUUGGACAGCUUGAUUGUACAUUGGUUUUUUAUUUAAUUUAUUUUUUUGUGCUAUGUUGUAAUUAUUUAACAACCGUUAGUGUUUUAAAGUCUAUUUACUAAUCAGCAAACCUCGUAUCAAUGAUGGCACACAAACGAGUAUUGUAUGUGUUUAAACUGUGAAUUUUUAUUAGUUAUUCCACGUUAGUCUUUUUUUCCCUCCUUUUCAAACUACUACUGCCCUCAUUUGUUUCAGUUCUUGCUAAUGACUCAGACAACAUAACAAACCAGUAUGGACCUCUUAUGGCAGCUACAUCAAUACUUAAUGUGUGUGCAUGUGUGUCUGUUGACACUGUUGCUGCUCUCUUUAUGUAAAGCAGCUUGCUUACCAUAAAAGGUUUGUCCUUAAACAACAGUGAUAUUUAAAUUUUCUGACUGUAAUUGUCUGUUAAAAUGUGACAAGCAACAUUUUUGCACAAAUCCUCAAAGUACAAUUUAUACAGAAAACAUGCUCAUGUUAUUCACGUCCUAUUCUUACUAGUUUUGCACUUUAUAUCUACAAAUGCAUAUUAUGAAGGCUGUUGUAGGUUUAAAAAAUGGAUGUUGAAUUGGUGAAUGAGGAUUAUUUUUAGUGUUAAAGUCAGAAAUGCACAAGAAUCAACUCUAAAAAAAUCUUAUUUGUCAAGGAACUACUUCACUUUGCAUUUGUAGCAGGGUGAACGAGCAUCUGUCAGUCUGUUCCCGAUCCAGUUAUCACCUCAUUCGCACACGUGUUCUUCUAAAUAACCAUGGCUAGAUGUCAUUGUCACUGUAGGCUAAAAUCAUGUAUCAAGUAUUAAGGUUAUUAUUUAAUUGAGACUUAUGCUGCAGGCAGAUGGUCCAAGGUUCAUCGAGCCAUGCAAAGUGAAGUGUUAUGGUUCCUUACCCCUUUUUCCUGAGGGUUUUCUUGCUUGUAUAUAUCCAAUUUUAACCUCAGUAAAUUCCUCAGUCUUUCUAAGAUUUCUCAGCAAAUGUGUGAGUGUAUAAUCUCAGAUUAUACCAGGUUUUUUUGUGUGUGUGUGCAAAGAGACAAACUUCCUGUUUUUGUUUUGUUUUGUUUUUUCCAGGAACUGGCCGUGUGAUGGUGAGAAGCCUCCUCAUUUUUUUUCUUUUCUUUUUAAAUUUUUAUUAUUAUUUUUUAAACUAUCAACUGUCUGCCUUAGUGUGUCUUUGUCUUGUUCUUACCUGUACCAGUAACAGCACAUUACAUCAUUAAAGUGCAAUAUACAGGAAAUUGCUGUAGUCAAAGGGGAAUGUACACAUGUGUAGCUUUAUGUGCAUUCUUUAUUAAAGGUGAAUCAUGCUUUAAAAAAGGAA